GUAGAAUCCGCUUCACUCAGGAUCUGGAUCUCUUAAGACACGCAAGGUAUUUGAAGUUCUCUCGAAUCUGUCCUACAUAUUUGCAAAUUGUGAAGUCAGACUACCAGCAAGCACAAAAAUUCCUACUCGACAAAAUGAAAGGCACCAUAAAUGGCGAUCACAGUGCUGUUGCCCAAAGCAAGGUGAAUGGGCAUAUUGAUAUUGUUUCCAAGGAGAAUCAAGUAUUCGUGCUGCGAAAGAAAGGAGACUUCGCGUACGAAACUCGGAGAACACCAAACCUACCUACAAAUCGGCAUGUGUUGGUGAAGAUACUUGCGACAGGAAUAUGUGGGAGUGAUGUAAGAUCUUCUUUUGAGUGUAUAGACAGUGUAUAUCUAACGUCAUCCUCUCGGGUCCAUUACUGGAAACACGGCAAGAUCGGACCAUUCGUCGUCGAGCAACCGCUCGUUCUCGGACACGAAUCAGCAGGGAUAAUCGUGCAAUGCGGAUCAGAAGUCAAGACUCUCAAGCUCGGCGAUCGAGUCGCCAUUGAGCCGGGCGUCCCAUGUCGGAGUUGCGAGUUCUGUCGAGGCGGGAAAUAUAACCUCUGCGACGAGAUGAAGUUUGCUGCGACACCUCCAGUCGAUGGGACGCUUGCAACAUACUACACGGUUCCAGAAGAUUUUUGCUUUAUCCUUCCACCACACAUAUCGAUUGAAGAAGGUGCUCUGGUGGAGCCCCUGAGUAUCGCGGUACACUGCACGAAGCUGGCUUCUGUGUCAAUGGGCCACAAGGUCCUCGUCAUGGGAGCAGGACCAAUUGGUCUCCAGUGCUGUGCAGUUACGAGGGCAUUGGGUGCUUCUGUAGUCAUCGCAACAGACAUAGUUGACUCGAGGCUAGACUUCGCUUCUCAGUAUGCGGCAACUCACACAUCCAAGAUGCAGAAGGAAGUGCCUGAAGUCAACGCCAACAACAUCAUGUUAAAUUGCGGUAUUCCGACCGGAGCAGAUGUUGUGAUUGACGCAACAGGAGUUGCUGCGUGCAUAUCGGCUGGGGUAUUUGCCCUGAAGAAGGGUGGAGUCUUCGUCCAGGCUGGUUUGGGAGCUCCGGAUAUACAGUUCCCAGUUGGCGAGCUGUGUUCCAAGGAAGGCGUGUACAAGGCUAGCUUCAGAUAUGGCCCAGGAGACUAUGCUCUUUCCAUCAAGCUGCUUGAAGGGAAGAAGGUGGACCUCAAGGCUCUGAUAACCCACACCUUCGACUUUGGGUCAGCGGCAGAAGCGUUCGCAUCAACAAGCAGGCAAGAAGGAAUCAAGACCAUAAUAUACGGUCCUAAGGGCGACGCGCUGCCGGUUGGUUCGUAGGAUACAGUUGUGGCUGUCGAACCUCAGAAAUUGAAAUUUCCAGCAUCCCAUAGCCAGAAUUGUCCUAGAUCCUCGACUCUCG